AUGGCACUAGCAGCAACAACAAUAACAACUACACGACCAGAAGGUGCAGUGACAACAGAGAGAAAGCACAACAACAAAUCAAACGGUAUGGUCGCCGUUACACUGGCACCACCCGUCGUUUUGUCAACAUCAAAUACCAUUACAAUUGAGACAACGACCUCAACAUCGUCACCGCAGCACUGCCAUAGCGGUGGCAUCACCGGUGUUGCGGUCGGCGUCGGCGUCGGCGUUGGUGUUGGCGUCAACGUCAGCAGCGCCGCCAAUGUCGGCCUGGGCAGCAUUGGCAUCGGCAGCACGCUCUGUAGCAGCGGCGACAGCGGCAUUUCAUCGUCAACGCCAUCGCUGGUCUCGCAACUUUCACCGCCACCCACCAUAAUAUGCAGCCUGCCAACGUCGACGAUCUCAAAUAAUAUUGCGAUUAGCGCUAGUGUCGGCGCAGCAAUAUGCAGUAGCGGCGCGGUAGCAGCUGGUCGCUGUAGUCCCAUUAUCACCGGCAAUUACUGUGCGCUCAGCAAUGGUCUGGCAGGUAUUUCGGUGUCCAGUCACACAACUACCACGUCGAUUUAUGGUGGCGGUGGCAACAACAGCAAUUGCAAUAUCAUAAACAAACCGAAAUCAUCUUUAAGUCCGCUACAACGCCUACCCAUCAGCGGUAAUCUUUCCACAUAUGGUAGUGGUAGCGGCGGCGGCGGCGGUGGCUUCGGCGGCAGUGGUGGUGGUGGCGUUGGUGUUAGUGGACCAGUGCCAGCACACCUCUAA